GUAAACCAAUGUGUUACACAUACGUCACGUUGUACAAGGAAAAAAACCACAAAAUAACUAUUGUUGGAGCCAACGCGCAAAAAAAGAAGAGGGAAACUUUUGUCCUUGAUUGUUGCACUAAGUAGUUGCAGACAAGCGAGAAAAGUUUUGCUCAGUUUUUCGACAAAUAAGAGCUCACGUCAACAAAAGUCGCCAAAAAGAAAAACGCGCAACGGAAAAUUCCGUUUUACCGUUCUUAGCAGCAUUUAAGUCAGACCAAAAAAAAAAAAGAGGAGCAUAAGCACUUGAGCUAGCAAAUAAAUACGAGUAGUUUAAGCUGAGAACAACCUUUCGAAUUGGCAUUUUAUUUAAAAUAUAUUUAUAGAGUUUGCUUUGAAUUGGCGAAAUUGCGUUGAAGCUUUGCCAAUUCCCAAUUGCCAUAUGAAAAAGACAGAAGGCAGAGGCCAUAAUCAUUAGCUUAAAUGCAGGGAAAAUCUGCGUAAAUUGCUUUCAAUUUAGCAAAACAAGCAAACAGAAUGGAUACUAAACUAAAGUGCUUUUUAUUUUGAUCAAUUUAUGGAUUUCAUUAACACAAAUAGAAGGAUAGAAAGCGAGGCUUAUAAAAACAAUGAUAAAUUUAAUCAAUUUAAGUUCGGAGCGCUGACAAAAUCAAUUUGGUCUGCAAAGACGAGGCAGCAAAAAGCAUUGAAACUGUGCGGCAACAAAAAGCGGGGGCAACAAGGAAUGGCAACGGCAACAGCAACGGCAAAAGUGGCAUAAAUAAAAGGCUAAAAGAAGGAAAACAAAUAAUAUUUGGCCUAGAACGAAGACCGAACAAUAACAACAGCAACAGCAGCAGCAGCAGUGACAGCCAGAAAGUGGCGAAAAAAGGUUAACAAACGAACGUUAAAAGAUUAAAAUGUCUGCCAAUGGAAUUAAGUGUUUUAAAUGUCACGCCGAGUGUUUAAUUCAUUGAGAGGCUGUCGCUGUUGCUGUUUGUGUUUGUGUUGUGUUGUCUGUGCAAUGCGCAAUGAAAAUAUCAUUUACAGUUACAGUUACAACACCACCAUCGGAAAAAGUGCUAAAAAAAACUGCUAAAAGUGCAGCUAUAUAAAACACUUAAAGCAAAUAAAGUGCAAAUCGAUAGCGCAAGUAAAGCAAAAAACACGGUAAAAAGUGAAAGUGAUAAAGAGUGAAAAGGACAGAGAAAGAAAAGAGCGAAGGAGACAAAAAAGGAACUGAAAGGAGAUUCGAGGCAAUUGGCGCUCGGCGCCCAAACCACGCAUCAAAAUGUUGACCCUUUCGACGCUGCUCUGCUGCAUGAUGGGGCUGACAUUGUGCUACCAGCGGCAAUCAGUGAAUAACAACAACAAUAACAAUCACAAUAAUGCAGAUGCAAAGCCAACACAUUUGCCACCAUUACAUUAUCCGCAUGGCCACAAAUGGAACGAGCCGUAUUUCGAUCUCACGAUGCCAAGGAAUAUUACAUCGCUUGUGGGCAAAUCAGCAUAUUUGGGCUGCCGAGUCAAGCAUCUGGGCAACAAGACGGUGGCCUGGAUUCGACAUCGGGAUCUGCACAUACUCACAGUGGGCACGUAUACCUAUACGACGGAUCAGCGUUUUCAGACCUCCUAUCAUCGGGAUAUUGAUGAGUGGACACUGCAAAUCAAAUGGGCUCAACAGCGAGAUGCUGGCGUAUACGAAUGCCAAAUAUCGACGCAGCCAGUGCGCAGUUAUUCGGUCAACUUAAACAUUGUGGAUCUCAUUGAUGAGGAAACGAGCAACGUGAUGCAACAAUAUUACAACGAUGACGCUUUCUAUAUAGCUGCAGAUCGGGUUUAUCAGUCCAGCGACGACGAAUUUGCCGGCAUGUUUGGACCCAUUCAGACAGUUGCGGUGCCAACUGCAACGAUCCUGGGUGGACCUGAUCUCUAUGUGGACAAAGGAAGCACCAUAAAUCUUACAUGCAUCAUCAAAUUCAGCCCCGAGCCACCGACACACAUCUUCUGGUACCAUCAAGAUAAGGUACUCAGCGAGGAGACAUCGGGCGGCCGUUUGAAAUUUAAGACCAUUAAAUCGGAGGAAACCAAAUCAAUUCUACUUAUCUACGAUGCGGAUUUAUUGCAUUCCGGCAAAUACUCGUGCUAUCCAUCGAACACCGAAAUAACCAGCAUACGCGUCCACGUCCUACAAGGCGAGCGACCCGAAGCCAUGCAAACGAAUGCGGCACCAGCUGCUGUCGCCCUUGCCUGGACCUGCCACACCAAACAGGCCACGCAGGCAGUCAAAGUAAUUAGCACAAUGGUCGCGGCAUUUGUAUUGUUGGAGGCCUGCUGCACCCUGCUGCUCCAGGGAACAGGCCAGCGACCAACGGCAAGUCAAAUUGCCCAGACACAAAGGACGAGCAGCAGCAGCAGCAGCAGCAACAUCAGCAGCAGCAGUUGCUGUGCGGAUAAUGGCAAGGAGCAAGAGGAGAAGGAGGCGACGUCUGGCCAGGCCAAUACAAGUGGGACAACUGCACGGUGAUAAAUUAAAGCCACACACAGUUUGGAACGCCACCGCCAAUGCAACAGCCAAGUAAGCGAAUGUAACUAAAGUGGAAGUGGUUGGCUCAGCCCACUGGAGAACAAUCAAGAUGUGACGCUUGGCUGUCGCACAAAUGAUGCAAUGCUGAACUCGAGCCAGAGACGCAGAGGGAGAAUCAGUUGCAACUGCAGUUGUAGCAGCAGCAAAGCACAAGCAUGCCACAUGAUAAUAACACCAAAAACAAUAAAAAACUAAAAGAGGAAAAGAAAACAAGUUAGCUAAUUAUGCUAAUGAUGAGCAUUUGCUGCUGCUUCCACUGCUUUUGGUAUACUCUUUAAGUUGUAAGUAACUGCGUGUGUAAUUAAGUAGGUUAGGGAUAAGCCACGCCCAUUACGAGCUCGAGCUGUGUACAUAGUACUCUUAACCACAAAAGCACUAUAGGCAUUAGCGGCACGGACAGACAUACAGCAAAUGUCCGUAAACUCAAGAGAAAAAGAGUUCGCAUAUUAAAUACACAUACGUAUAUAGAGAAAUCAUGGUAUAUAAAGGAUACUUAUAAAGGAUACUUAGCCGUGGGGAAUCUUUUAGUUCUGUAGUCGGGCUUGUGGCAAUAACUUGUUAUAUACUCCAGGGUUUUUCAAUCUUCUUCGCUGUAUAUAUUGAUUUGAUUUUGUGAAUUUGCAUUCGUUUGAAUAUAGCUUAUUUCUUUAAUAAAACGUCUAGCUUGUAAGUCAUGUAAAUAGUAAGUUUAACUUUAAGGCAAUUUUGCAUUUUUUAAUAACUUCUUUACCAUUAACUUCUACAUAAUUUUCUAUAUAAUAUUUUCAAAAUGUUCCUAAAUGAGCCAGAACCUUAGCAAAAUUCCUUAGCCCUACAGUACAAUAUUAUCCAUUUCGUUAGCUCUUCCCUUUUGCAACGAAUCUCAUUUGUUUUCACAGGAAUUUCAAUUGAGAAGAUAUGUGUUAUGGUUCUGUUAUCUGUGACUGUCUCAUAAAGUUGGUUGAACUAUUUGAACUUUUGCAGUUUGCAUGGUUCCUGUAACUUCCAUUUCAGCGUGUCCGGCAGUAAUUCCCCUCAGAAAGCUGCUAGACACUUUGCCUGUCAACAAAAUAUUUGCAUUUUCAGUCGCCGAUUGCCGUUUGCCAUUUGCCAGUAGCCAUUUGAUAUUUGCCAUUUACCAAGUCGACCACUGGAGUGAAGUGUUGCACCCAAAAACUUUAGCUUGAAAGCAUUUCGUUCGCCUUUUGCGACCCGGGUCGAUAACCACAGGUACUCCCCCAUAUCCUCAACAUCCAUCCCAACUGUUUCCUUCACCUUUCCGCUGCGCUCAGCGUCGUUUAAUGUGUCACAUUUAAAAAUGCAUGGGACUGCCGACUGCCGACUGAGUGUCCAGAGUCCAGUGUCCAGUGUCCUUCUUUAAUGGUCGGGCGACUAUUAAAUGUUAUGGCCGGCAGGGCAUUUAACUGAUCAAAAUUGUAAAUAAAACUGAAUACGAGUAUAUGCUACUAAUAAAUUAAUACGACAACUACAACUACAACUAUAUUUGUAUUUGUAUAUGUAAAUGUGAGUGUGAAAGUGUGUGUGCGCAGUUUUUCCCCCAAAGAGAAACGCAAAUAUUAAUAUUAAUAUUAAUAAUUAAAAAUUAUAAAUGUGCGCCAGGAAAAUUAGUCGCGACAUUUAAAUGAAUGUUUAAUGAGUAAAUGAAUGUUGCUACAAACAGAGAACAGAGAACAGAAAAACAAACAAACCGAAACAGAAACCGAAACAAAAAAAUUACAAGUUUAAAUAAACAACAAUAAUUGCAGUUAAGUGCAAAGAGUACAUACUUAUAUAUACUUAUGUAUGUACAUAAAUGUAUAAAUUAAGUUGAGAGUAUUAUUAUCGGACAUAUGUAAUAACAAUAAAAGCAAAAGCAAAAGCGACCCGUAUAUAGCAUGACACAGAGGUCAUCAUCAUGAUGACGUUGAGUAGGGAUGAUCAUGGUAUUUUGUUGCAAACAAAAUGAAAACGCAUUAUAAUGGAUUAUGAAGUUGUUUUUAAUAUUUAAGUGAGUGGCGCCAGCUGAGCGUUAAUAAGCAUUAGGAUUAACUAUAUAUAUGACAAAGGAAACAAACAAUAUAUAUAUACUAUAUAUGAGAACUUGUAUAAAUAAAAGCGGCAGAACAUUUAAAUAAAGUUUUUAG